AUGAAUAUUUGGAUUGAAAAAUGGAUGAAAAUAUAUCUUAAAUGCUUUCUCAGUUCCAUCCUGUACCAUCGCAAUGUGUAUCCAGCUGCUUCUUUCGAUAUCACGACCUAUCAAGCGUUUAAUCUACCACAAUUUACUCCCAUGAAUAGGCAUCCGGAAGUCCAGGACUACAUUGAAGAACUUGUGUUGGAUGUUUUGAGUAAGCUAGUUCACAUCUACGGAUUAUCUCUGUGCGUGAUGACCAAAGAGGAUAACAUGUGUAUCGAGAGAUACGUUCUGAGCUUUGACGAGUUCAGACAUGUUGAUGACGUCGGUACCCUUACUGAGUCGGAGGUCUUUGACGAGUUCAGAUCUAGUUUCAACAGUCUCACGGCUCAUUUGGAGAAAUUGGAUCCCAUCAGAGAUGAUACUGUGGUCUUCGAGGUCGUCAUCAAUACAAUGGAAAUGGAAUUGGGCCAUUUGCCUCAAGGGAGAGAGAGACUGAAGGAUAAGGAAGAUAAGCUGGAAUUUGAGAGAGAGACCAAUUGGACCAAGUGCGAUGAGGAUGAGGGCCUUCCCGAGAACAUUGGAGUGUUCAAACCGAAGAUUAAGAUGUCAUCUUUAGUGGGAUGUGAUGUCGGCCCUUUGAUAAUACGCAACCAUUGCGAGAAAUUGCUGGUCUCAGAUAACAGUCUAGACAAUGUGUACCUUACCAGCCAGGGCAGCAAUGUUUUAGGAUCUCUCUGA